CAGAGGUGGAGUUCCAGUGAAGAAACUCGAGCACAGCCGAGGGCUAUUCCUCUGUCCUGAGCAGUGAGAGCCUCCCCUGGACACAGGAUUGUCUGGGCCUUUAUUUGAACACAGUCAUGGGUCAGCUGUUCUCUUCAUCUAAGGAUGAUCACCACAGAGAUUUGGCCUCCACCUUUACCGAAUAUUUUAAAAAGUUUAAGACAGGAAACAAAAUCAUUCCUCAGGAAACCAUAGCGUCAAUUGAGUUAAGCCUGAAAGAAGGAAACAUUCAGGGGGCAAACUCUUCAAUCACUGAUGCAUUAAAAAAAAUUGAUAGUACCCCACUCAAUGUUGCUGUGACCGGGGAGUCUGGAGCAGGGAAAUCUACCUUCAUCAAUGGCCUGAGAGGGGUUGGACAUGAAGACGAAGAUGCAGCUGAAAUUGGAGUAGUGGAAACGACCAUGGAGAGACAUCCAUACAAACACCCCAAUAUUCCCAAUGUGGUUUUUUGGGACUUGCCUGGGAUUGGAACCACAAAUUUCCCACCAAAAGAUUAUCUGGAGAAAAUGAAAUUCCAUGAGUAUGACUUCUUCAUUAUUGUUUCUGCCACACGCUUUAAGCAAAAUGAUAUAGACCUUGCCAAAGCAAUCAGCAUGAUGAAGAAGGAUUUCUACUUUGUAAGAACCAAGGUGGACUCUGACUUAAACAAUGAAAAGGAAUUCAAACCACGCACCUUUAACAAAGAAAAGGUCCUGCAGCAGAUCCGCACCAAUUGUGUGAAAACGUUUCAGGAGAAUAACAUUGAUGAACCACCAAUCUUCUUGAUCUCUAACAAAAAUUUGUCUGAUUAUGAUUUCCCAAUCCUGAUGGACAACAUUAUGAGUGUUCUCCCUGUACAUAAACGACAUGUUUUUAUGCUCUCCUUGCCUAAUAUUACAGGUACAACCAUUGAAAAGAAGCGACAAUCCCUGAAACAGAGGAUUUGGCUAGAAGCCUUUACAACUGACCUCCUAAAUAUCAUCCCUUCACUGACCCUAUUCAUGAGCAGUGAUGUGGAGAACCUUGAGAAAAGCCUGAAUUUCUAUCGAACUGUGUUUGGAGUGGAUGAUGCAUCCUUGCAGAGUUUGGCUGAGGACUGGCAAAUGUCAGUGGAUCAGCUCAAGGCAAAGAUGAAAUCUCCUAAUGUGUUCACAACUACAAAGAAAGAAACAGUACAAGAAAGGCUUUCAAGAUAUUAUGAGGAGUUCUGUUUGGCUAAUGGGCAUUUGUUUAAUAAGAAUGUUUAUGUUAAGGAAUUAUACUACCUAAAAUUAUAUUUCGUUGACAUGGUGACAGAUGAUGCUAAUGCUCUUCUCAAAGAGAUAUGUUCAAGAAACAACUUGGUUUCUGAUUAG